AUCAUCUCUUUUGAUUUUAAAUCUUCAUAUGCUUUGUAUUUUAUAUUUGUUUUUGAAGUGCAUGUCGUUUUCAAUCCAUAUAUUGAUCCAUCGUUGCUUCCAUGGAUAGUGCUAAGUUUGAAGAUAAUUCCUCACCUGUGGAUUCGGUUUCGCCUGAAAUUUGUAAUUCUGGAGCUCUUUCUGCAACAGGAAUGAGCCAUGCAUCACCAGAUGGCUUUGUUAAAAGACCAAGGGUUUCAUAUUAUCCUGGUUUACCUAGCAAUGAAAGAAGUGUAACCCAUCAAGGGGCUGCAAAUUAUGGUGCAAAUGGAGGUGGAGGUGCUGGUGCUGGUGCUGGUGGAGGUGGACAAGGUGGACAAGGUGGAGGUGGAAGUGGACGAGGCGGCGGUGGAGGUGUACGAGUAACUCCUCGUCCUAAGAUUCCAAUUCUUUUGAGAACUCCACAGAAUGAGUUGUACCAGUUGUACGAGAUUGAAUUGUAUUCAAAUAUGAAUCUGGAGCAGGUGCUUGCCCUCCUACACCACUACUGGUGCCUCUAUACCAAUCAACAGCCACGUCAAAAUGUUAGUUGGGAGACAGUAUGGCCUGGAUAUAUAGUGAAAUUUAGUUGUCUGCGGCAUAUAUGUAACCCUUAUCCAGAUGAAGAGGAUUUUAUGGAGUUAGAUUUUGAUGGGGAUUGGUCUCAGUUCCGCUAUGGGGUUGAGCGGAUAAUCGUUGUAAGGUUGGCUUGAACUGACCAUUUCAAAUUGGAAUCUCAGACUAUGUUUAGGCUUUGUUUUAGACGUUGUUGCUUUUUUUUCUUGAACGGUCUAUCUGGCUAUAGUCAUCGUUCUCCUGCAAUGGCAGAGCUGACUGGAGUCCGGGAAGUCUUGUGAGGGCCGGUUGUGAUCGAGUUGAAUCGCUUUAUGUUCAAAUAUUGUUGAUGUUUUCUGAAUUUGGUUUGCUUAUAUA